AUGACACGACCCUCUGCACACAAGCUUUCAGUGGAGGAUGAGUUUCUCAUGUUACUGAUGAAGCUGAUGACGGGACUGUCCAACAUUGAUUUAGCAGAGAGGUUUUGUGUAUCCGAGAGUACUGUAAAUAAUAUUAAUCUUACUUGGGUUAAUUUUGUGUACAAUGUAAUUGGCAGCCUAAAAAUAUGGCCACAUAGAGAUAUAAUUAUAAAACAUUCUCCAGAGGAAUUUAUCAAGAAAUAUCCUAAGACUAUUGUGACUGUUGAUGCGACUGCACUGAAAAGUCAAGUCCUUAGUUCAUUUCAAAAGCACAUUGAGAGCUGCAGUACUUACAAGUCCCACACAACUUUUAAGUCUGUUAUACGAGUUGAUCCUAAUGGGGGCAUUAUGUUUGUUUCUCAAUCAUUCGAAGGUUCCAUUUCUGAAAAACAAAUAGUGCAGAGAUCAGGGUUUCUGGAAACUGUGAAACAGAAAGUACAAUGUGGUGAACUAAAAGAAGGAGAUCCCGUCAUGGCAGACAAAGGUUUUGACAUUGGUGAUGACAUUGCAAAACUAAAAUUCAAAUUGAAUAUUCCCCCCUUCUUGAAGGACAAAGCGGGAUUCGAAGAGAGUGAUGUAAUCAAGACCCAAACAAUAGCACGGCAUCGCAUUCAUGUUGAAAGAGCUAUAGGUAAAGUUCGGAGAUUUAGAAUUUUCCACUCUGUCAUUCCAGUUUCUAUGUUUGGCAGUAUUAAUCAGACAUGGAGUGUUGCCUGUUUCCUUUUUAAUUUCUUAAACCCAGUACUUUCUAAAGAUGAAAUAUCACAAAAGACAUAA